ACUAAUUAACUUUAAACGCGCGAAAGUCAGCCGAGGAACCAGAGCUAGAGCCAGAGCCAGAGCAAGAGCAAGAGCCAGACAGCAGAGUCGUCGCCCAGUCGUUUCCGUUUCCCAGUUUGCCAUCGCCCUUGUCCGAUUUGCCCGAAAACGAAAACCAAGAUGCAGAUCCACCAGGCUGUACUCGGAGCCACUGUGCUCGGCAUGUUGUUGGCCUUCAGCUGCUCUCUGCCCGUUCUGGACAUCAGCUCGGGCAUCGACAACGCCACCAUUGAAGAACUUCGGGCCAGUGUGAAUGAUACGCCCAAGAAUCUGUACGUGGUCAAGGCAGUCGUCUAUGAGAUCGGCAUCCUCACAGAGGUGGGCGAGAACGACACCAGCUUCGAGAGUCAGGAGCGUGUGGACCUCACUUUCUACGACACGCACAGCAACAAGAGCCACAUCGACCUUGGCAACAUUCCCCUUCCCAUCCAGACGAACGUCACCGGUCAAGUGCUCACCGGCAUCGCCCCUGUGAACCUUGGCGCCUUCAGCAGUCCCCAGGAGCUGCUCGAGACGCUGCCACUCACCGGCAGCAUUGUUAACAUCACCCACAGCGACACGGCCUUCUACCAGCUGAGCAGAUCGAACACCAGUGCCGCUGACAAGCCCCAGAUUCUGGACAAAGACGCCCUUGCCCAGUUGACGCAUGCAGCACAGCUCUUCCCGCCCAGCAGCAGCAUAGGCCAGUCGCUGCCAGUGAACCCGGCAGCGGAUAACGAGGUGGCGCUGGCCGAUCAGGCCACCAGUUAGACACACACACAAACUCUAACUGAAACCAUACUACGUGAUGCAGUGCGUUGCUCUCCCAUAAACCUUUAGAAUUACAUAGUUACAUAGACAUAUCCUUCAUCACACAACACACUUAAGCAUGUAGCCAUCGGUGCUACGAGUCGUAGAAAAGACUGGACGAGGAAAUCACACACACACACACACACACAC